GGUCGAAAUAUGUCUACGCGUUGCAAAGUGUCAAAUAUUUGGAGGGUGGUCAACCACGGUGUUCCAACUUGCAAACUCAAUCAAAGUUAAGAAUCAAAGUGACCGUUAAAAACCGAAUGAUACCCACUCCAUGUUCUUGAACCCUAAAAAAUUCUCACCCUUCUUCUAUUUUUUCACCCACAUUCCCAACCCUAAAUUCUUUCGCAGCACUUUGCUAUCGCUCUGUAGAAAAUACUAAAUUUGAAAGCGUGAGAAAGAAAGCAGAGAUAGAGAGAGAGUCAUGAAGAGGAAGACCGAAGAAGACGUUGAAGAAGAACAGCGGAGAAUGUGGAAUCACGGAGGGAAAUGGUUGAGAGGUCCAUUGAUUGGUAAAGGAAGUUUUGGAUCUGUUUUUUUAGCCACUUCGAAGAAACCCAGAUCCCAAGUUUCCUUUUUUCCUCCAAUUAUGGCCGUGAAGUCCGCAGAGUUCUCUGCUUCGGGUUCGAUUCAGAAAGAGAAAGAGAUUCUGGACAAAUUCCAAGGUUGUCCUUACGUUAUCCAAUCAUAUGGGGAAGAAGUCACCACAAAUUCCAAGGGCGAGAUGGUCUACAACAUGUUCUUGGAAUAUGCUUCUGGAGGAACACUCGCCGAUCAUAUCAAGAACUCGGGAGGUCCAGGGCUCGAUGAAUCGGUGGUUAAGAAGUACACAAAGUUUAUUCUUGAAGGAAUUCAUCAUAUUCAUGAGUGCGGUUAUGUUCACUGCGAUUUGAAGCCCGAGAACAUCUUGCUUGUGCCUAGUAGUAAUGGUACUGAUUUCGUGGCUAAAAUUGGGGAUUUCGGUUUGGCGAAGAGGGGGAGGCAAAGCCAGUGUAGGAGAUUAGACCCUUCGUUGAGAGGAACUUGUGUGUAUUUGGCUCCGGAGGCUGUGAUUGAUAAUGUUCAGGAGCCUCCCUCGGAUAUUUGGGCACUUGGUUGUGUUGUCCUUGAGAUGUUAACUGGUAAACAUCCAUGGGAUACAAAGCCUGACUUGAAUGGUGAGGAUAUUCUGCGUUUGAUAGGCGAUAAAUUCGAGUUGCCGAAAAUUCCCAAUGGAAUUUCGAAAGAGGGGAAGGAGUUCUUGAAGGGUUGUCUUGUGAGGAAGCCUAUGUAUAGAUUAACAGCUGAGAUGCUGUUGGAUCAUACGUUUCUAGCUGGCCUAGAUGACAAAGCAGAUCAGAAUGAAUGGAAGAGAGAUUCUUCGGGUUUCUCGACAAUUGAGACCGAGAAUCUUAGUUUCUCUCUAGUUUGUGAUGAUUGGGAAUAUAGCUCAGAAGAGGAAAUUUUCUUUUCGGAUGAUGAAGAUGAUGAUGGUGAAGAGGUUGAAAGCUCAGGCGAGUUCACAGUGGAAAAAGGCCAGGAAAGGAGUAAAAGCUCUUUCGCUACUUGUGAUGGUGACCGUGCAUUGAUGAGGACGUUGACACAGGUUUCCACAGUCCCUGCUGGGGUCUAGAAGCGACUGCUUGCAGGAUGAAGCAAGCAUAGUUGUUGUUUACUUAAUACCAAUUUUGCAGAGUCCUCAUGUUAAUAGUUAUGAUGUUUUUAGUUGUGUUUUAGUCAACCAUAUGAUAGAGUUAUUCUUUGCAAGCCAAAGUAUUUUUUGGCUUACAAUUUUGCUGAUUCUUUCGGUACAGAUGAAAAAUACAACUCAUCAGUAUUCAAUAGUUUUGCUGAAAUAUAUUUGUUCUUACCUAUCUUAUCUUUA